UUAGCUUGCAAGCUGAUCCGUCACUUCUUCAGACAUUUCACGCCAGCAUGGUUCGCUGCCAUUAUGGGGACCGGUGUCAUCGCAAUUUUGUGGCACAACUCCCCUUACGCGUACGACUCGAGGACUGUAAAGGUUUUCGCCUAUACAUUCUUCUUCCUCAACCUACUCCUCUUUAUUUUCUUCAACAUCCUUACCAUACUACGCUACACCAUGUUUCCAGAAAUAUGGCCAGCCUUGAUCUAUCAUCCAACGCAAAGCCUCUUCCUUGGAACAUACCCUAUGGGCGCGGCCACUCUCAUCAACGUUGCCGUUGGCGUCAUUUACACAGAAGACGGAUUUGGCGGGAAACCCUUCUUGUACACCCUGUGGGCAUUCUGGUGGGUCGACGUCGCUUUGUCGGUGAUGAGCGCAUAUGGAAUUGUCUACCUUAUGUUCACGCGGCAGAAGCACGCACUGGAGAGUGUAACCGCCGUGUGGCUUCUUCCGGUCGUACCGCUCGUCGUCAUCUCGUCUAGCGGUGGAGUCCUCGCCGCACCCCUGGUCAACUACUCCGCGUCGAACAGCCUCAUCACGCUUGUCAUCUCCACCGCCUUGGUGAUCAUGGGGCUGACACUGGCGUUCAUGAUGCUGUCGCUCUAUUUCCUACGGCUAGCCAUCUACGGCGUUCCUAGAGGCGGUGGAGUGGUCAGCGUGUAUAUUCCACUCGGUCCCCUGGGGCAAGGCGGGUACUCCAUCCUACUCCUCGGCGCAGGCUUCAAUUCGAUCCUGCCCCUGCAUCACGGAAGCUCUGCCGUCCUGCGUCUGGAGACAGUCGGACAGAUCAUCGAAGUCGCCACUCUCGGUCUCGCCCUGACGCUCUGGUCCAUGGCCUCGCUGUGGUUGGUGUAUGGCGCGAUAGCGACAAUCGAUGUGAUCUGGCAUGAAAAAAUCCUAUUCCGGCAGGCCUUCUGGAGCCUUGUUUUCCCGAACGGCGUGUACGCGAACUUGACGAUCCAGCUGUACCGCGUCACGGACUGGACGUUCUUCCGCGUGUGGGGCGCUAUCUAUGCGCUCGCUACGCUGAUACUGUGGGCGUGGGUGUUUGUGCGGACCUGCGUGCUGGUAUAUAGCGGGGCGAUGUUCCACGCGCCGUGCCUCGACGACGUCGACAUCCACGCCACAGCGAUGGGAAAGGGCACGAAGACGGAGCACGCGCACAGUUCGAUCACGGACGUCGAGGCAGCUGGUGGGCCAGAGAGCACCGCCGUCGCCGCGAACGGGCGCAGCCAUAGCGACCACUCUAUGAGCUCGGGUAGUAGACGGACACCGAGUUCCAGAUUCGAUAUCGGGCGCGGAAGAGAGCAAGAGACAUGAAGACGAAUGCAUUACAGUAAAACUACAGUAGCACACAAGUAAUAUAUAAUGUAGCGGUAGAGUACAGAGCUCCAUACACAACCACAAAUACGACACUACGAGCACAGGCACGAGCACGCGAGGCUCUGCGCUAGA